UCGCGGGCAGAGCGUCGGAAGCCGGGCAGCCGUCGCCAUGCAGCCACGGAACGCGCGCCUUCUCCUCCUGCUCCUGUCGUUAGCGCAGCUACUGGCCGUGGCGUGCGCGCAUGAGCCAAGCGCAGAUUCUUUCAGCCUAGACGAAGACGAUGCCAUCGAGGACGAGGAUGAGGAGGACGAGGAGGACGCCUCGGAGGUGAAGGAGGAAAACGGGGUCGUGGUCUUGAAUGAUGCCAACUUCGACACCUUCGUGGCCGACAAGGACACGGUGCUGCUGGAGUUCUACGCACCCUGGUGUGGACACUGCAAGCAGUUUGCUCCAGAAUAUGAAAAAAUUGCCGAGACGCUACAGGGUGAUGAUCCCCCUGUCCCCGUGGCCAAGAUCGAUGCAACUGCCGCGUCCACGCUGGCCGGCAGAUUUGACGUGAGUGGCUACCCCACCAUCAAGAUUCUCAAGAAGGGGCAGGCUGUUGACUACGAGGGCUCCAGGACCCAGGAAGAAAUCGUUGCCAAGGUUAGAGAGGUCGCCCAGCCCACCUGGACGCCCCCACCCGAGGCCACGUUGGUCCUGACAUCCGAGAACUUUGACGCAGUUGUGGGCGAGGCCGACAUCAUGCUGGUGGAGUUCUAUGCCCCAUGGUGUGGGCACUGCAAGAAGCUGGCCCCAGAGUACGAGAAAGCAGCCAAAGAGCUCAGCCGCCGCUCGCCCCCUAUCCUCUUGGCCAAAGUCGACGCCACUGCAGAGACAGACCUGGCUCAGAGGUUCUCCGUCUCCGGCUACCCCACCCUGAAGAUCUUCCGCCGUGGGAAGCCCUUUGACUACAAUGGCCCUCGGGAGAAAUACGGCAUCGUGGAUUACAUGGUGGAGCAGGCUGGGCCUCCAUCCAAGGCAGUCACGGGGCUGAAGCAGGUACAGGAGCUCCUAAAGGACGGGGAUGACGUCAUCCUCAUAGGGGUCUUCCAGGACCAGAGCGACCCUGCCUACGAGCAGUACCAGGAGGCGGCCAACAGCCUGCGUGAAGACUACCGCUUCCACCACACAUUCAGCUCCGAGGUGGCCAGGUUCCUGCAAGCUAGCCUGGGCACGCUGCUGGUGAUGCAGCCCGAGAGGUUCCAGUCCCGCUUUGAGCCCAAGAGCUACAGGAUGGUCGUGAAGGGCUCCACAGAAGCCUCGGCCAUCAGGGACCAUGUGGUGCAGCACGCCCUGCCACUCGUUGGCCACCGCAGGGCGGCCACGGAGGCCAAACGCUACACCCGGCGGCCCCUAGUGGUGGUCUACCUCAGCGUGGACUUCAGCUUCGACUACAGGGCUGCCACACAGUUCUGGCGAAGCAAAGUCCUGGAGGUGGCCAAGGACUUCCCCGAGUAUACGUUUGCCCUCGCCGAUGAGGAGGACUAUGCCGCGGAGGUGAAGGACCUGGGGCUGGGCGAGAGCGGGGAGGACGUCAAUGCGGCCGUGCUGGACGAGGCCGGGCGCAGGUUCGCCAUGGAGCCCACUGAGUUCGACGCCGAGGCUCUGCACGAAUUUGUGAUGGCCUUCAAGGAGGGAAAACUGAAGCCGGUCAUCAAGUCCCAGCCCGUGCCCAGGAACAACAAGGGGCCGGUGAAGGUGGUGGUGGGCAGGACCUUCGAGGACAUCGUGCUGGACCCCCACAAUGACGUGCUCAUUGAGUUCUACGCCCCUUGGUGUGGGCACUGCAAGCAGCUAGAGCCCGUGUACACCGCGCUGGGCAAGAAGUACCGUGGCCACAAGGGACUGGUCAUCGCCAAGAUGGACGCCACGGCCAACGAGGCCACCAGCGACCGCUACAAGGUGGACGGCUUCCCCACCAUCUACUUCGCUCCCAGUGGGGACAAGCAGAACCCCAUCAGGUUCGAGGGCGCCAACAGGGACCUGGAGCACCUGAGCAAGUUCAUCGAGGAGCACCGUGCAUGGCCAGGCAGGGCCAAGGAGGAGCUCUGAGCCGAGGCUGGCCACCGGCGGCACGCACAGACACUGCCUGCGCAGCCAGCGGGGUGUUUUGAUGCGUCCACCUCAUGCUCUGAAGACACUGACUACAUGUGAAUGGGGAGGCAGUUUAGGCAAGAUUUUUACGGAGGAUGUAUCUAUUUUUAUCAUUGUUUGGGGGUUGACCUUUUUCUUUUUUUAACCUUCCACUUUCUUCAGCGUAUCCUCAAAGCAGAUAAGAUGAAGCUCAUGUAUGUGAAUGGUUGUUUUUUUAUUUAAAAUUUCAAAAACCGAGUCUUUGCCAAA